CCGAGGAUGUUUCCUCCAGCGACAGGAAAAUGUCCAAGUCCUCCCUGAACCAGAGCAAGAAACGGAAGAAGCGGCGGCACAGGACAAUCUUCACGUCCUACCAACUGGAGGAACUGGAAAAGGCCUUCAAUGAGGCCCAUUAUCCUGAUGUCUAUGCCAGAGAGAUGCUGGCCAUGAAAACAGAACUGCCUGAAGACAGGAUACAGGUGUGGUUCCAGAACCGCCGGGCCAAAUGGCGGAAGCGGGAGAAGUGCUGGGGCAGGAGCAGCGUGAUGGCCGAAUAUGGGCUCUAUGGCGCAAUGGUACGGCACUCCAUCCCGCUGCCAGAAUCUAUUCUCAAAUCUGCCAAGGACGGCAUCAUGGAGUCCUGCGCCCCUUGGCUACUGGGGAUGCACAAAAAGUCUCUGGAGGCAGCAGCUGAGGCAGGAAGGAAGACAGAAGUGGAGCGCCCCGCCCUGCCCAAGCUUGACAAGAGUGACAAGGAAGAGAGGGGCCCGGAUCCCAAAACCACCAUUUCCCAGGAGGAACUGAGAGAAAACAGCAUUGCUGCCCUCAGGGCCAAAGCUCAGGAGCAUAGCACCAAAGUCCUGGGGACCAUCCCUGGGGACUCCCCAACUCCCGUCAGGAAGCCAGAGAAAGAGGAAGAGGAGGCAGCAGCAGAGGAUGAGAGACAAACGGAGAAAUCAAAUUCAUCACAAAAGGAGGAGAAGCUGAUCUAGGGGAAAAGAGAUGAUGGAAAAUGGCCCCAAAAGACUCUCUUCUGGGGGCUGCAGCCUCCUCUCAGACUGACAAGGCCCCUCCUGCCACCCCUGCCCAGGGAGUGAGGCCUCCCAUGGUCUCUGCAUUUCAGGAAGCCACAGGCUCAGGCCAAGUUCUGCCUGUCAGGUGUGUCCAGAGACUGUUCCCCUCAGGGGUAUUACCACCCCAUUCCCCACUCUGCCCUCAGGAGUCUUCCUGCUUCCACCUCUCUCCCCCUUUCUGGGAGAUCAGGAACUGUACCCAUCUUCAUCUGAGAGGGAACUGGAGCCAGUUGAGGCUUUGGGUCCCUCUGCACUAGCCUCGGAGCCACUUCGGGUUUCUCUGACCUGGUCCAAAUUGUCCAGUCUUAAGAGUGAGUCUGAGUCCCACUUCCACCCAAACUCAUAUCAGAGCAAGGCUGCCCCUGCUCCAGUUUCACCCACCCCCAGGCACUGGGUCAGUCUGUCCCCAGCUGCAGUCCCACUUGUCUCCAUGCAAGACUCUGCUCUUGCCUGAGUUCCACCAACUUCCAGCCUCUGGGCAAGUCCCUUCCCAACCAUUACUCCCACCAGAAACCUGCUGUUGGCCAUCAGCAGGAGAGGCUGGGACACCCUUCCAAGCAGCAGGAGCUCCAUCUCCUGCAGACCAGGUCCCUCCCUUGUACCCGUGUUUCUGGCGUCUGGCCUUCAGAAUGUCAGGACGCAGUGUGGGCAGGGUGAGAUGGACCCACUGCCCUCACAAGGACCAUUUUACCCUCUCUCUGACCGUGAUUAUUGUGGGACAAAUCCAUGGAAGUGUUUGCGUAAAACAGUGAGUCUAUUUAAAUGGUGAUUUAUAUGUUCCAUGUAUAUCUUUCCUGACUGAGUGUUGGGGUGUCCCGGGGCACUUUGGAAUGGGGAGGGUGACUGGCAUGUUGGGCAGCUGAUUUUGGUCUUGGUUUUUCAGUGAGAAGCCAAGGGAAUAGGGGAGAACAGGGAUAAUUUGCAGGAGCUGAUCCCCCAGCCCCAGGUACCCAAGACCCACACCUUCCCUAUGGGACAUCCUGAGUUUUACUCUGACUUCCCUCUGUAAGGGUGCUGACGAUUCAUAACACCCUCAGGUACCAAGUUCCUGCAGCUAGCAGCACCCAAAGCACAUACCAUACCUGGCUUUAUGCUUUACAGACACCCAGGAUCUCAUGGGUACCCAAGCCUUGCACCCAAAUUUACCUGUAAUGAUGAGACCCAGCUCCUCCCGCGUGGUUACCUAGUAGUUGGCUCCACUCUCCUCAGUACCUAUGCCCAGGCAUCAGCCAGAACCUGCACCCGGUUCCACAUGCUGUGGCAGUUUAGCUGUAAUCCAGGAUGCCUCAAACUGCUCCCUAGCACUGUCUGGUUAGCACCUUUUGGCCCCUAGCACAAGCUGCUGAGGUUUACUCAUAUAGAAUAAUAACAGAGUCCUUGCUACAAACAUGCUGUGGGUCUAGGCUGCUCCCACAAGGCUGAUGAUCAGACUUGGCUACAGCUCCCAGAAGACCUCUGGGAAUAGCAAUGCACCCCAAGAGCCUAGGGGCAGAGGCCUGCAGGCAUUGCCUCAACUUCUGUAUUGAAUGGGUCAAAUACCAGGCAAUAUGUUUUCUGAAUAAAUCAGUCAGCGUAAAGUGGUAUCAUUUGCCAAAUGUAUGUACUGGCUUAUAUUUGACCAGCUUGGUCUCUGAGUCUCAAAGGGAGCUUCAGCCAUGUCCACAGAUGCACAUAAACUCACAAACACUGUGAUAUGUACAUAUUCCUCAUACCCAGAAUCCCAUAUGAAUACACAGACCCACAGCUUCACAGCUCCAUGCUAACAUUGCCUUCCCAUCCUAGUGAGGGACUGCCCUCCAUGAAGGCCCCAGGACAGUGACUCCACAUGUCCCUUUCUGUCCUGCUGUAAACUGUGAGCAAUCCUUCCCCAGAACUACUGUUUUUAUUCUGUCAAAGGCUGAUCCUCCCCUUUCAUGCAUCUCUGUUCGUCUUUGUCCCCAGUUUGUUUGACGUGUUAGUUUAUAGCCCAUGGUGUGUAAAUAAUGUACAUACAGUGAGAAAAGACUUCCGUAUUGAGGUGUUUGAGGUAUGGAACUGUAACAACUUCUAGUCAUUCAGAACCUGUGAUUUAUGUGCC